AUGGUUGCUUUGUAUGAGCAGAAUGACAAGCCUUCCUCUGCUUUAGAGUUCAUUCACCGAAAGCUGGGAGGUCCUUCAGUCUCCGACUAUGAGAAGCUUCAAGCUAAGAAGUCUGACAUUCAAAUAAAGUACAAUGAGCUUUUUGCUAAACAUCUAGAAACGUUGAGAGUGGUCAAUUACUUCCCAUCAAGGAAUGACCCGGUUCAUCAUGUUGAGCAGUAUCCAACUCCACCUCCAGUCUACUCUGGGAAACAUGGGUCAGUUAUGUAUUCUUCAUCAUCGCCACCUCUCACCAGCCGUGACACCAUUCUCCACAUCCAAGUACCUAAGCUUUAUCUCCAUGUUUCAUGUUUGAGGUUAACGGUGAAUGAUUAA